CGCUAUAGGCAACCAACAAUACACAUUUGGGCCUGCUGUGCAUGUGAAAACUAAAAACAAACGAUUGGAGGUUACCCCGGGAGGAAAAUCGUUUUUAAUCAAUAAAAACCGCUGAGAAAAUGAACAAAGCAGCGCAAAUAUUAAAAUCCCGUUCUGGGCUGACAAACUUCAAUAAAUACCCUACUCGAUUAUUGUCAAGUUCAACACAAGUUCAAGCAGAAACCAAACAAAAUGAAGAAAUUUCUAUCCCUAAACGUAUUGAAAGAGGUCCUACGGAUAUUCUCCGUGCGCUUGGCAGCACAAUAAAACGCGAUAUCACAGCUCCACAUUAUAAAUAUCAUGAUGACCCAUUCAUGAUUCCAAUGUCAAAUCUAGGCAAGAGAACUUUUGCGCUUGCACGAGAAUCCGGCAGGAAGACAGCACAUUGGGUACGCGCUCAACAUGCUAAUUUAUUUCAGCAUAAGGAUGCAGAUCCACCAAUUGAGAUGUUCUUCCCUAAAAUGGUUUAUAAUGAAAAGUCUGAUGUCACCGAAGAAGAUUUAAAAUCAGUUAUCAGCAAUGUGCUUGUAUCUGAUGCUAUUACUGUUUAUAAGAUGUUGAAAGAAAAAGGUGUUGAGAUCAGCGAGCAGACAAAACAAGAAUUUUUGGAUAUGUUAUGCUUCUUUAAUCAUGAAGAUUCUUUAUCCGAGGAGUUUAUUGAGGAAAGAUGGUAUAAACAGAGUGCUGGCAAGGAGAAAAUAAGAAAAACAUGGAAGGAUGGUGACCUCGCCGAAGAAAUCUUCAUCUCAAUCAACUCCCCGAAUGCAGAAAUCUACUCUUCAUUGAUCUGCGGCAUGGCUAAGUAUUACCAAGUAGAUCGCGCAUAUCAACUCUUUCAAGAAGCGCAGGAAAAGCAACUUGUUCUCAACACAAACGCAUACAAUGCAAUCAUACGCGUCGGUAACUUCCUCAAAGAAUCCUAUGACUUGCGUUGGUUAUUUGUUAGGGAUAUUCUGUCAAUGAUGUCAACAGCUAAAGUAGCGCCUAAUUUAGGCACUAUGCAUGCGGUGCUCGAAAUUCUAAGCACAAUGGGCACUAGUAGGAAUACACGACAAAGUGUGUUGAAAACAAUCAAAGAGUUUAUACUCCUAGGGAUUGAACCGUGUUUAGCCACGUGGUAUUAUGUAUUGAUCACGUAUUGCAAGGAACGCGCACCGACGAGUUUCAUCUUGAGAGAUAUCCUGCCGCAUAUUGAGAAUAAAAAUCAUAAGAUUAUGGAUGCAAAAGACACGUUCUUCUUUGUCACUGCGAUGGAUAUAUGUAGGAAUCAUCUACAUGAUCGGGAACUAGCGAUGCGUGUUGAUGCAUUGUUGCAUUACGGCGAUAAUUACGAUUUAAUAGGUGAUUCUUUCAAAGAAUCAAUUUACUACCGCCAUUAUUUUCUGCUAAUGUGUGACACGAUGCCUCUUGAUGAGUUCAUGCAGGAUGUUUAUGACAAGUUAGUGCCACAUAUUUACGUCCCUGAACCGGCUGUAAUGACAGAAAUACUUAAAUGUGUCGAAAUGAAUGCCGCAAUUGAAUAUCUUCCUAAAUUAUGGACGGAUAUGACUUGUUUUGAUCAUACUGACCGUGAAAACCUCCUCACUACUGUUUUAAACAUCAUGGUUACCAAUAAACCAUCAGUGGAGAAUGUAAAACUAAUUGAACAGUUUGCGACGGUUGCAUGGGGAGUUUGGAGUAAGAUCGUUAAUCAAAGCGAGAAUAGAAUUAAGAAAUUGGCGUUUACCGGUGAAAUGUUAGGCAACAUCAUGACAGUUGUCCUGUGGAACAACGAUUUUGAGAAAGCAUCGCUUGUUAUGGAUAAACUCGAUAAAGAUAUGCAUAGCGUGAUUGGCAUGCCAAAAAUUGAAGCGUUAUCUUUGUUUAUCGAUCAUUGUAUUGCAGAAAAAAGUCCAUCGAUUGCAAUCAAAUGUAUACAAUAUUGUUCUGAUAAUGGAUUUGCCGAAAGUGAAGAAUUCGCGCAACGUUUGCAGAAAAAUUUAACUCUUGAUGAGUUUGACAGCGAAAAACUGUCAAAACAUGUCGGUUUAGCACUUUCAUCGAAUGAAGAAGUAAAAAAUACCAAAAACAAACAAAAAAAGAAGAGAAACAAUAGGAAACAGAGUCAAACAAAUGAUGAAUCAUUUGAUAAUUAAUUUUUGUAUCAUAUUAUAGUAAAUAAUUGAAUUUUGCGCCUAA